AUGCACCCGCACCCAGCUUCUGUUCAUUUCCCUAUUGCAUUUCUUACACUCACUUGCGGCCUAGACUUACUGGAUGGUCUCAACGCUGAUUCGUUUGCGGUGAAAGCUUUGAAAAGUGAUAUUGACAUAACGAAAGGGGCAUACUACCUACAGGUCCUGGGCCUGAUCACAGCGAUACCUGCUAUUGUGACGGGCUUUACAAGUACCACGCAAAUUGCGCUAUCGCAAGGUGUGAUCGAGAAGCAGACCAAGAAUCUGCGACCAAAGUUCGUCAAGACUUUUUUCCACAGCCUCGCAAGUACCAUCGCAGUCUUGGGGAAUCUCGGCAUAUGGUAUUGUGGAAGGAGUGCGGGAAAGAAACUUGAGCCUGUAGCUCUGGGCAUUGAGACAGCGCUCUGCGUACUCAUGUUCAUCGGCGCAAAUAUUGGGGGGACACUGGUCUUUACGCAUGGUAUGGGAUUCUCGGGGCUCCAGCGUAAGAACAAGCCUGAAUAA